UCUCCUCGUGCGAAUGCCCGUCUCUCUCUUCGUCAGUGGUAGCUGAGAAGGAACGUGAAACGUGAGAAUUCCAAUCUGCCGUCGGACUCCAUCGAUUUCCCAUCUUCCCGUAUUCUCUGUCACUUUCACCUGAUUCGAAGGAAAACCCACUUGGCGAUUAGAUUUUCUCGCAUCGAAUUUCAAUCAUCUCACCAUUUUCAUGGGCAGAAACGAGAAUUGAGAACGUACGGCCCAGCAGCAGCAGCAGCGGAUUAAAUCUCAGCCGAAGAUGCAGUUGGAUCAAGUGGGCCCAUCGGCCGCGGGCUCUAAUCUCAUCUUGGAUCAUGUAGGGCAGGUGGUUCUGACCCUCAAUCCAUCUGGCCUCUCGUGGAAAUUAGCCAAAGACAUGGAAAACGAGGAGGAUUCGUCGUAUUGCUUGGCCUUUGCUUCAAAAACCGAGACUGAAAUCAAAUUUUCUGAUGUUUAUUCUGUUGAAUUCAUCAAUUGGGGUUUGAUUCAUGAACCGAUUCUUCCUAAUGCUGGAGGUUUUUUCUUGGGCCGUGACUCGGAGAUGUACCGUUUUGUGGUGCACGGAUACCAAAAAUCGAAGAUUCGACGUAAUCUUUGGGUUUUGACUGCAUACAUCUUUGGUCACAAGGAUCUAAAGAUGUGUCAAACAUGGGUGGAACAAAUUAAUGCUUGUAUAAACAUGGAAGUGGGUAGGCCUAAGAGCCUUUUGGUUUUCAUUCAUCCACUAAGUGGGAAGGGGAAUGGCCGCAGAAUCUGGGAAACUGUUGCUCCCAUAUUUUCUCGUGCUAAAGUAAGAACAAAGGUGAUAGUUACCCAGAGGGCGGGCCAUGCAUUUGAUUUGAUGAAGUCCACUACUGACAGGGAGCUCAACUCUUAUGAUGGUGUUAUUGCGGUAGGCGGCGAUGGUUUUUUCAAUGAGAUUCUUAACGGGCUUCUCUCUUCAAGGCAUCACGCUCCUUAUCCACCAGCUCCAACAGAAUUUAUGCAAUCCAUUGGGCAUGGUAAUCAUUAUCCUGCACAGAGGAGGUUUAACCAUAGCAGUAGUGAAGGUGGCUCUGUUCACAAUCCGAAUGACACUGCCAAUGAAAGUCCACGUCAAAGUGAAGAUCGUGAUCCUCUCCUACCAAGUUCAGAAGCCAUUUUAUCAGAAUCGUCAAAUUUCAGAACAGAAAUUGGGCCCUGCGACACAGAUCAAGAUUCUGUAUUUUCCAUCCCACAUGAACGAUUUAGACUCGGAAUUAUUCCUGCAGGUUCAACUGAUGCCAUUGUGAUCAGUACAACUGGCACUCGAGAUCCUGUAACGUCCGCUUUGCAUAUUGUUCUUGGUAAAAGGAGAUGUCUUGAUAUUGCUCAGGUUGUUAGAUGGAAAGCUACCAUUUCAUCUACAGAUGCACCUACUGUCCGCUACGCAGCUUCUUUUGCAGGGUAUGGAUUUUAUGGAGAUGUCAUCACAGAGAGUGAAAAAUAUCGCUGGAUGGGCCCCAAACGUUAUGAUUUUGCAGGAACAAAGGUGUUUAUGAAACACAGGUCAUAUGAGGCAGAUGUAUCUUUUCUAGAAGUCAAAUCGGCUUACCCAAUCACCAAGGAAGAUUUUCCAGAAAUCAGGACACAACGAAGGAGGUUGCUGGAAAAUCCAAAGAAAGUAGUUUGCAGUGUUAACUGUCCUGUUUGUGAGGAGACUGUGAGGCCUGCUAGUGUGCUUCUGAAUGGUGUGACCACAGUGUCGCAAGUUGAUGGUGAAGAUUUAAAAUGGCUGCGAUCAAAGGGGUGCUUCCUUAGUGUUGGUGCAGCCAUUAUCUCAUGUCGUAAUGAAAGAGCUCCUGACGGUUUGGUAGCUGACGCACAUCUUGCAGAUGGUCUUAUGCAUCUCAUACUAAUUAAAGAUUGUCCCCGCACCUUCUAUUUAUGGCACCUUACACAACUUACACGGAAGGGCUCAAACCCCCUCAACUUUGAGUUUGUGGAACACCAUAAAACAACGGCAUUCACCUUUACUUCUUCUAGCGAUGAAAGUGCAUGGAACCUGGAUGGUGAGCUCUUGCAAGCACGCCAGCUUUCUGCACAAGUAUUCCGAGGCCUUAUUAGCUUAUUUGCAGCCGGGCCUGAAAUUUAAAAUUUCUUACAAAUUUCACCAAAUCAGCUGUGGAUUGAAGCUUGUUAUGCAUUCAUUUCAGCGAUGUCAUACCAAGAGCAGUCAUCUUGAUGCGAUUCCAAUUUUCUUUAUGGAGUGCUGACAGAGCUGGUGGUUGUACAAACCUCUCUUGAUGGAUCUUUAUUGAGUUACCCUUAAAUGGAGGGAAAGAAUCACUUGAGGAAGGCAUCUUGAUAUUAACUAAUCUUAUAUCUUGUGAUGAUUGUGGCAUGUUAUUUGGUUACUAUGGUUGUGCAGGAAGCAACCGCGUGGGCCAGCUGGCUCUGUAAAAGUCAUCGUGUGGCCAUAGCUGCUCGUAGGAUGUCCUAGUUAGAUCACUGAGAUUGUACAGCGUCAGGAUCUUUGAGAUUGUAGAAUUCAUCAUGGGACAUUUGUCUGGUAAACUUGUUUAGUAUUAAUAUCAUGUACUAAAUGGGUGUUUUUAAUUUUAGUACAUAGCUUUAAUUUUUAA